CCGCCGGCCUCGCUUUGCUUCUUCAACGCCGACCAUGUUUGCAUCGGCAAAGAACGGACGGACCCGAUCCAUUCCUCCCGCUUAAAGUUUGUCCAUCUCCCCACCGUCCGAUCCCCAAAAAACCCAGACACACCCUCUUUCUCUCUCCUUUCUUUAUCAUCAUCAACAAUCAGCGACACAAAUUUCCCAGAUUUCCCCUCUGUCUCUCUGUCUCUCACUUUGUCUCCGAUAACAAUUUCCACACGCAGAGAUAAUAUUCCCAGGGACGAGAAGCAGCCACGGAGGAGUAGAGUAGAGUCAAUUCCGGCGACGAAAGAGGUGGCACGGCGGGGGAGGGCGGAUUAUGCUGUUCGGGGUUCGAGUCACGGCGGGGACGAACUCGUUCAGGAAGAGCGUGAGCAUGAACAACCUGUCGCAGUAUGAUCAGGGGAAUCAGGACCCCUUCGUCGCCGACGCCGUGGCGUCCGGGUACGAGUCCGACGACGUCAUUCACGCCUCCGGACGGAGCCGCGAGCGCAAACGAGGGGUGCCGUGGACCGAGGAGGAACACAUGUUGUUUCUGGUGGGGCUGCAGAAAGUUGGGAAAGGCGAUUGGAGAGGAAUUUUGAGGAAUUUCGUCAAGACCCGGACGCCGACACAGGUGGCCAGUCACGCUCAGAAGUACUUCCUCGGCAAGAACAAUCACAAUCGUCGGCGACGCCGCUCCAGUCUCUUAGACAUCACUUAAGCAUAGUUGUUGCUAUUAUUUACAUAUAUAGUUUCUGGAAAAGUUGGAGAAUUGAUUAGUUAUGUAUUGGUUUACACAAUUCGCCGACAAUUCUAUGAUGGAAGUGGAAGACCAGCAGACAUCGCCCAAUCAAGAAAUUGUGUUUUCCUCCCAAGUUUUCCUUUCUCUUCACUUUCUCUCCCUUUCUCUCCUAUAAAAAGAGAGUGAUUAUGAAAUUGUUGGUAGAACAUAG